CGGGGAGGACCGGCACGGCAAUGACAUCAGUGCUUUAAACAACUUGUUAUUCGGGAGCAAUCAGCUGCAAUUAGGUAUUAAUUAAGUAUUAUGAAAGUUGAUUAUUUAAGUGAAUUCGGCUUUCGUCUCUCCGACUAUGCUGAAAGAACUAUAUGCACUGACGCAGCCUCAGGAAAACCCACAAUGGCUGCCAAGCGCAAAGGCGGCCUGAAGCUAAAUGCCAUCUGUGCCAAGCUGAGCCGUCAGGUCGUCUUUGACCACGGGGGAGCCGAACAGGCACGAGCAGACAAGGGGCCGCAGCGGGAGAGCAGCAACAAGGACCUGCCUCAGCCUGGGACCAAGGAGCUGGGGACAGAGUUUUCAGAUGGACUCAGCCGCGUGCAGAAGAUCGAGGAGGACAAAAGGAGGGAGGUGAUUGAGAAGUGGGUGAACGGGGAAUACAACGAGGAGCCCUUGCUGGGGCGAGCGGAAGGGAAGGAAUGUAAGGGCGCCGAGAGCGCGGAGGUGCCCCCCGAAGGGGUUUACAUGGUGCAGCCCAAGGGUUGCAGUGACGAGGAAGAUAACGGGGACGAGGCGGACGCUCUGAGGGGCUCGCAGGAUGGCAACUUCUUGGAUGACAGGGAUUCAGACGGGACGGCCUCAAAGGACGAUGCCUACCGGUCCUCCAGUGGCGAGACAGGCUCCAAGUUGGGGGGAGGAACCACCUCAGGGGAAGCUUCAUCGCUGCGAGAUUAUGCCGCCACCACCAUGAAUGAGUUCCUGGGCAUGUUCGGCUAUGAUGAUCAGAACAUGCGGGAUGAGCUGGCCCGCAAGAUCAGCUUUGACAAGCUGAACGCUGCUACCUCAGAGGCCACUGCGACUGCUGCUUCUCUCCCUGGCGAAGAUGCCAUGAGCAAACGAGCCCGCUUCUCCAAGUAUGAGGAGUACAUCCGCAAACUGAAAGCUGGAGAGCAGCUCUCUUGGCCCAUGCACUUGGCCAAAUCUGAGGAGCUGGGCUCCAAGCUGGGCAAAGAAACUUCCUCGGUGCUGGCACAGCCCAUUCGGGUGCCAGGUCCAGAUGCCUCCAUGGUGACGGAGACCAAAGCCACCAUUCUGCCGCUGCCCUCUCCCAGCAGUUCCCAGAUGCAGGGCCUGAUGUCACGGGCCUCCAAAUAUGACUUUUUCAUUCAGAAGCUGAAGACGGGUGAGAGCAUCAGGCCACAAAACGGCAACACUUACAAGAAGGCCUCCAAGUAUGACCUAGAAAACGUCAAGUACUUGCACCUUUUCAAGCCUGGAGAAGGAAGCCCAGAUAUGGGGGGAGCCAUCGCCUUCAAGACAGGCAAGGUAGGCCGGCCUUCCAAGUACGAUGUGAGGAACAUUCAGAAGCUUACUCCAGUAAAAGCUCCAACACCCAGUCUGGCCCCUGCUCCCCUCGCCAGUACCCCCAGCAGCACUCCUGUGGCUGGGCCAGAGCAGUCCGUCUCAUUGCCAUUCAACACUCCUGAGUACCUGAAAUCAACUUUCUCCAAGACAGACUCCAUCACAACUGGAACGGUCUCUACAGUAAAGAAUGGAUUACCCACUGACAAACCAGCUGUCAGCGAAGACGUAAAUAUUUACCAGAAGUAUAUUGCCAGGUUCUCUGGCAGUCAGCACUGUGGACAUAUACACUGUGCAUACCAGUAUAGAGAACAUUACCACUGCCUUGACCCAGAGUGCAACUACCAGAGAUUCACUAGUAAACAGGAUGUGAUUCGGCAUUACAACAUGCACAAGAAACGUGAUAAUUCCCUCCAGCACGGCUUCAUGCGCUUCAGCCCCUUGGAUGACUGUAGCGUGUACUAUCAUGGCUGCCACCUGAAUGGGAAAAGCACACACUACCACUGCAUGCAGGUGGGUUGUAACAAGGUCUAUACAAGCACCUCUGACGUGAUGACCCAUGAGAACUUUCACAAGAAGAACACACAGCUCAUCAACGAUGGGUUUCAGCGGUUCCGUGCCACGGAAGACUGCGGCACUGUGGAGUGCCAGUUCUACGGGCAGAAAACCACUCACUUUCACUGCAGGCGACCUGGGUGCACAUUCACCUUCAAGAACAAGUGUGACAUUGAGAAGCACAAGAGCUACCACAUCAAAGAUGAUGCCUAUGCCAAGGACGGCUUCAAGAAGUUCUACAAGUAUGAGGAAUGCAAGUAUGAGGGCUGUGUCUACAGCAAGGCCACCAACCACUUCCAUUGCAUAAGGGCGGGAUGUGGCUUCACCUUCACCUCCACCAGCCAGAUGACCUCCCAUAAACGCAAACAUGAGCGCCGGCACAUCCGGAGCUCGGGAGUGCUGGGCCUGCCCGCCUCUCUCCUGGGGUCCAAGGAUAAUGAGCAAGAGGAGUCCAGUAAUGAUGAUCUUAUUGACUUCUCUGCUAUGAGCUCGAAGAACUCCAGCCUGAGUGCCUCCCCCACCAGUCAACAGUCUUCCGUUUCUCUCAUAGUCCCAGCUGCACCCUCCUCUGCUGCUGAGCUUGCUUCCUCACAGGCCAGCAAGUCUGCCAACAGCAUGACACCAGCCACCAAGAUCUCUGGCCUGCUCUCCCAGGCUCUUCCCAGCAAUAUACCCUUGGCCCUGGCACUCUCCAACUCGGCACUGCCUGGAACAGCUGGAUCCUUCUUCCCCAUCAUCCCCAGUCGGGUCUCCACACCGCUUCCUGCCAGCUCAGCUAAUCUGAUGACUGCUGGUUCUUCUGGCACCAAUCCAACUUCAGCUGCUCCUACAGAUUCCUCAUCCCAGGCAAUUUCGGGAUCCGGUGAGCCAGCGGCUACUUCUUCAACAGCUCCAGCAGCAUCUAUAAUGGAAAGGAUCUCUGCUAGCAAGGGAUUAAUCUCUCCUAUGAUGGCCAGGCUGGCAGCAGCUGCGCUCAAGCCCUCUGUAGCACUUGAAGCAGGGAAUGGACAACCAGCAGCUCCCGGACGGUUCAAUCCAGUUCAGGUGAAGCAGGAACCUGCGGAGGCCAUGGGAUCGUCAUCUGCCACCGGUCAGGACUCCUUGCAGGAGCACAGCUUGGACCUGAGCGUCAAGGAUCAUGGUAAUGAAUCAAAUGGCCACACAGUCUCGGCAAAUUCAUCUCUUUUAUCCUCGCUUAUGAAUAAGAUGUCCAAGACCAGUGCCAGCCUUGGCAACCUGCUCAACAUUAAGACGGAAGGAGAUGGCAGCCAGGCUGGGGCUGGAGAGCCAACACAGUACUUGGGCAAGGCAGUGAAGGCACUUGUCCAGGAGAAGCUCUCUGAGCCAUGGAAGAUGUACCUGCGCCGGUUUGGUACCAAGGAUUUCUGCGAUGCGCAGUGUGACUUUCUCCAUAAGGUGCAUUUCCAUUGUGUCGUGGAGGAAUGCGGUGCCCUCUUCAGCACCCUGGAUGGAGCCAUCAAGCAUGCCAAUUUUCACUUCCGAACUGAGGGUGGAACUGUGAAAAGUAACUCUGAGUCUCCCUUCUCAACUGCUACUGAGAAUAAGGCUUCACUGGCCCCUUCAUCACCAUCUGCUACUUCAGUCACCAUGGCAAGUGCUCCUGCCCUCGACGUGCCCACUCCAAGUCCAGCUACUGUGCCCUCUGCCCCCACACUGCUAGCUUGGAAGCAGCUGGCUUCAACUAUACCCCAGAUGCCUCAGAUCCCAGCAUCAGUGCCUAACCUGGCAACUUCACCCUUGGCAACAACUUCCCUGGAGAACGCCAAGCCUCAGGUCAAACCCGGAUUUCUCCAGUUCCAGGAGAAUGAUCCCUGCCUGGCAACGGACUGCAAGUACGCCAACAAAUUCCACUUCCACUGUCUCUUUGGGAACUGCAAGUAUGUGUGCAAAACCUCUGGCAAAGCAGAAUCCCACUGCCUGGACCACAUCAACCCCAACAAUAACUUGGUGAAUGUGCGAGACCAGUUUGCUUACUAUUCGCUGCAGUGUCUCUGUCCGAACCAGCACUGUGAAUUCAGGAUGCGAGGGCAUUACCACUGUCUUCGUCCUGGCUGCUACUUUGUGACUAACAUCACCACCAAGCUGCCCUGGCAUGUGAAAAAACAUGAGAAGGCAGAGAGAAGGGCGGCCAAUGGCUUCAAGUAUUUUACCAAGCGAGAAGAGUGUGGCAGACUAGGUUGCAAAUACAACCAGGUGAACAGCCACUUCCACUGCAUUCGAGAGGGCUGCCAGUUCUCCUUCCUGCUCAAGCACCAAAUGACAUCCCACGCCAGAAAGCACAUGAGAAGGAUGCUGGGGAAGAACUUUGAUCGUGUUCCUACUCAGGUUAUUGGCCACACUCCAAGAAAUGAAAAUCUCCCCCAGGUUGGCAGCAUGGCACCCAGCCCAGCCUCAUCAGGAACCCCAGCUUCCUUUCAGGGACCCCCAAGCAUUAUGGACACUGAAACAGAUGAGUACAUGGAUUACACUGGCUGUAGCCCUGGGGGUAUCUCCUCGGAAUCUUCCAAUAUGGACCGCAGCUGCUCCAGCACUCCAGUGGGCAAUGAAAGUACAUCAGCAGGGAAUACCAUCACUAUGCCAACUGCCUCGGGGGCCAAAAAGCGUUUCUGGAUUAUUGAGGACAUGUCCCCCUUUGGCAAGCGCCGCAAGACCGCAUCCUCACGCAAGAUGCUGGAUGAAGGGAUGAUGCUGGAGGGCUUUCGGCGCUAUGACCUCUACGAGGACUGCAAGGACUCCAGCUGCCAAUUCUCUCUCAAGGUUACCCACUACCACUGCACGCGGGAGAAUUGUGGCUACAAGUUCUGUGGCCGUACCCACAUGUAUAAGCACGCCCAGCAUCAUGAUCGUGUUGACAACCUGGUUUUGGAUGAUUUCAAACGCUUCAAGUCUUCACUGAGUUGCAACUUCCCAGACUGUCAGUUCUCUGGCAAUAGCACACACUUCCACUGUCUGCGUUGUGGCUUCCGCUGCACUGACAGCACUAAGGUGACAGCCCACCGUAAGCACCACGGCAAGCAGGACGUCAUCAGUGCUGCUGGCUUCUGCCAGUUCAGCUCGAGCGUGGACUGCGAGGUGCCUGACUGCAAGUACAAACUCAAGUGCUCCCACUUCCAUUGCACCUACCCUGGCUGCAAACACACAGUGGUGGGCAUGUCACAGAUGGACUCGCACAAGCGCAAACACGAGAAGCAGGAGCGAGGGGAGCUUCCUGCCAUCUCUCCUGGCCCAGAGGGCCUUGCCCACUCCACUCUUGAGUAUGACAUCCAGAACUCUUCCAUCAACCUGGACAGUUCCCUCAACCUCAGCACUGACAACAACAGCUCCCUCUUCUUCCUGCAGAACGCGGCUGGUGUGGGCCUCAAUGAUUCCCUGGACCUCAGCAAGAAGCAGUCAGAAGCCACUGAAGGUCCAUCACCGAGCAGAGCCGGGACCACACCUCAGGAGAGGGGGGCGGUGGCAUCUGGCUCCGGUGAUGUGGAGGAUGAGGAUGACUCUUCCCAAGAGGAUGAAGAGGAUGAUGAGGAGGAGAUGAACGAAGAGGAGGAAGAUGACGAAGAGGAGGAGGAUGAUGACGAUGAGGAGGAGGAUGAUGAGGAGGAAGACCUGAACACAGAUUCGGAAGAAUCGCUGCCUGACCCUGAGGGCAUGGCCACUAAAGAAGAUGGAGAACCAGAGGAGGCUGCUUCUUCCACAGACCAUGGUGAUGCUUCCAGGCCCCAAGGCGAGCCAGCCCUUGCUCCAGCCCCAACUCCUGCUCCAGCUGCUGCCCCAGCCUCUACUGUUGCUCCAGCAGCUUCUCCUUAAUCUUAAAGACAACAGCGGCAGUGGUUUGGUUUUGCUCUUACACAGAAUUACUAAGAGGACCCCAUGUGAGGCAAGAACAAAGAUUGGGAUGGCAAGUGAAAAACAAACUCCGUGCCACACACACAAGAGAGAGAGGAAGGAAGGAAACCCACACUCCUCCACAGGCCCCAUAAGAGAGACAGGUUCGCAGCAGGACUGGUGCUGCAUCACUUCAUUCUGCAGAUCACAGCACACGGGGGCAGGAUGCAGCAAAAAAAAUACCCUUUUUUAUGGACAUGAACCUUGAGGGUACCGGCUGCUUUUCCUUGCUCCCUGCAUGGUGCGUGGGGCCUGUGCCCAUUUGGGGACCCUUUGUUAUGGGUGGGGCUCUAUCCCCCCAUUUUUCUUUCUGGGUUUUAUUUUUCCAUGUUUUCAGUUGUACGAUAUUAAUAAUCUCCACUUCUUGGAGGGGGGUGGGUGGGAACAACAGGUAAUGAAUUUUAGAAAUAUAUAUUUGUGUGUGUGUCUCUCUAUAUAUAAUGUACACACACACACACAUAUAUAAAAUUCAAGGAAUUGGUGUCACAAAGACAACUAGCUCAGCUUUUGCCAGUGGGAAGGAGGGGUGAGGGGUGCGCACUCUCUCUCUCUCUCCACCCCUCCCCCCUUCUUUCUCCAGCAUUAAAUGGAUGGCAUCAGACAGCAAGGGUGGGAGUGGGUAUUUAUUGUCACAUAAAUGAGGACGCAUUAAUGAAUGAGCAGGGGUGGGAAUGGGACACUCCUCUGUUCUUCCAGAUCCUUUUUACUAUUAAUGAUAAUAAUUUUGAAUGCUAUUUAUAUUGUAAAACUUUCUCAGUCUACACUUUCUCUGUAGGACACCUCUCCUCAUCCCUGCUGUUCUGCCUGUAGGGAUUUAGCUGAAGUAACUUGGGAAGAACACAGCAGGCAGUUAAAGGGUCUGUCACACUGGAGGACUGGGGUUAAACUCCCAUCCAGUUCCAUCUCAUCCCCACCCCCAGGUGCUUCCUCUCAGUUGAGGGUGAGGCGUUUUUGUGGUGCUUCAGUAUCCCCAUCUCAGGAGGUUGUGAGCUGACACUCUGUCCCACGGUGCAGCACAAGGAGCACCGUGCUCGCAGAAGAGCGUCCUAGCCAUUAAAGCAGCCUUGAAAAUACUACUUGCUCUCUGACCCAGGCAGUUGUACAGUGACAGGUAUGUCCCCAGGUCCCAGGCCCUUGGCCCCAGCCUUUCACUGGGGACGGGCAAGUCUGUCUUUCUGCAUGGACUGAUACGGAUCUCUGGUGACUUCUGGGAGAGGGUGAAGGCACCACUGUAGCGGGAGGAGAAGGCAGGCGAGCGUUCAGGAUCCCACUGUGGGACAUCCUGCUCAGACUGGGGGUCUCUCUUGCUCAGCCCUGGGGCGGGGAAGGGGACAACACUGUUCUGCAGCACCCGGGUAGCUGUUGGCCCAGUCACAGGUUUUGCAGCUACAAAACAUGAGGCUGCUGCACUCUAUGCAGCACAGAGAACUCGAAGAUGGGGGGCAAUGCUAGCCGAGGCCAGGAUGUAGUCCAGCUAAGAAUUAAUGCAUUUCUGGGUCCAUGCUGAUAAAUUUUGACAAGUAGGGCUAAUAGCUUGGGCACUGUAUAAGCAAAUGCAACUAUACUGUGUUGAGACCUGCCACCUCCAGAAGCUUGGGCUUUCCCCUGGUUACAAGCUCUUCCCUGCUCUCUUUCCCUAGCCUGGUCUGGGAACACACACUACAGGAUACUGUCCUGGACUCUGACAGGUGAGACAGUAGCUGUUUGACCCCAAAUCCUCACCUGAGUCUGAGAGAGGGGGCUUGUUGUCUACAUACACCUGGGCUCCAGAAGGACUAGCCGUACAAAUUAAUUCUGAUAAUAGUUAUUUCAGUGCCAGUCUGUAAGUAUACCAGCCUAGCAAAAGGUUCCUUGUGUCUGAAGUUUGUCCCUUUUUUAAAAGAAGACUUAAUUAUUUUUUUCUAACAUCAUACAGGCACCCCCUCCCCCCCAACUCCAUGAGCACUUCAGCUCCAAGGGAUCCCCAUAAUUUGUUUUUACCCUGAACAGAUAAAGGCCUCAAGAACUUUAGGUUGCUUUUUUUUUUUUUUUUUUUUUAAUUAUUUCCCUAAGGAACUGGUGCAGAUCAGGUCUGAUUUAUAAACAAGCAGCUCAGCUGUGUAAAUGUGGGGACAGAAUGUUCAGAUAAUGUUUCAAAAGGAAAGGCAAAAAAAAAAAAGUUGUACAGUAUUUUUCCUGUAAAGGUUAUUACUAUAUAUAGAACAAAAGAGAAACCACCAAUGCCAGGGGGAUGAGGGGGGGGUCACCUGCCUUCUGGAUAGCCCUUAGAUACAGUUAAUUGUGUGCAAUUUUUUUCUCUUUUUUUUUUUUUUUUUUUUUUUUUUUCCCCUUCAAUGUAGUGUUUGUUUGUAGGGGAUGGCAGGGGAGGGGGGCCUUAAUGCUACGGUUUGAGGCUGACUUCACACUCCUAGCACUGACCAGAGCUGCACGAUUCCGAAUUCUAACUUGAAUUUUGUAGAGAUGAAACAAAUGAAAACAAAACAAAUGAAAUAUUGUUAUUACUAGUUUGUAGUUUAUUUAAUUCUUUGGAGUUCUUUCCUCUAUCAGCUAUUUGUGUGGCUUUUAUUUUUAUAGGGUUUUUUUGUUUGUUUGUUUGUUUUUGUUUUGUUUGGUAUAUCCCCUGCCCUCAACUGUGUGUUUUCUAGCACAACCCAAUUCUUGAAUAUAAUGAAGCUCACGUUCCUGGGGCAGAGUGAGGGAAUGAGGCCCUGAAUUUCUAGAAAUGGGAUGGGGCAAAAAAAUUUUACUUUAACAGCAUUUGCUGCAGGUUCUGUACUUGUACAUUUUUCCCAUAUUCAACUACUUAGAUAGUAUGGUGAUGGGCUCCAAGAGGAAUCCUUGGAUGUAACACAAGCCACAUCUUGCAAAACAGAUGUGUUUAUUUUAUACCACUGAAAUCAUCACGAUGUGUAUCAGUGACUUUUGUGGGAGCAGGAUCAAGCCUACUGCCUUCAGUCCACCAUCCUGCAAGGUUUACGUGACACCUGCCCGUGAGUGUUGUCACCGCGGAGGGCGAGGGGGGGCUCUGGUUUCAGUGGCAAGGCACGGGGCUCACUCGGGCCGCUUGUUUCCGUUCAGGAUAGACAGGCUGUUUCCCUGCUGUUAGGAGCUGGGAACCUGCACUGCAACACAGUGUUUUUACCUCUCCCCUUUCAUAUCUCACCAGACUCCACUGACUGAAUCACUGCACAACAGUAGGAGAAAGCAGAAGUGCGUGGAGAAAAGGGGUAAAAGAUCUACCAGUAGCUCUGCUAACGCCGGCCCGCUGGGGUGGGCGCUGAGCGUAACCCGUCCUCCCGGGAGGCAGCUUGAGGCAGGGGCGGCCAGUGCAGCUGCACCAGGAUCCGCGCUGGAACGGGGCCCUGUUUCACACGCCCUUCUGUGUGGCUAAGUGUGCCAGAAGGGCCUGUGGUUAUCUAUGCACACCAUUUUCUCCCCCCAAGGCACCCUACUUCUCCCUAACAUCUCAGCCUUCCUCCCAAACUUUUAUCACCUCUUCUCCGGGAGCUAGCACUGGGAAGGAGAUUUCUUCCCCACCAGGCUACUGCUAAAUGCGACAGCGAGCAAGGCCUGAUCCCCCCAGAAGGUCAGAUACCCUCAGAGGACAGCGGCCACCCCACAGGCUGGCCCUACCCCCAGAGCGUGUCUUACUCAACCUUCUCCAAGUCUCGUUUCUGUAAAUCUCUUACUAUGUCUCUGUUCACAACAACAACAACAAAAAGUCAAGAAGGUUAACCCCGUCUUUUUAUUCUGCCAUGUUAAGGCUUUAAUUCAGCAAAACUCUUAAGCAGAUGCUUUCUGAACGGGCACAGGUUUAGGCCCGUGCUUAAGUGCUUUUCUGAACAAAGGUCUCAACAGCACAAAGAUCCCUAUUACAGCGAGGUGGGUUUUUUCACUUCAAGCUAUCAUAUCAAUAGGACUGUUAAUACAAUACUAUUGAAAUACGUGCUUAAAAGAAUGACCAGAGAAAGCGAGGGAGAUUCAACUAACUGUAGGAGGAGGGGGAAAGAGGAGAGAGGAAAUGGAACUGUUCUGUCCAAAACAAGAUAAAAACCAAACAAAAUAAACCUUGAGAUGGACCCUCCUGAUUCUGCUACCAUUCACUGCUGAAGAGCAAAAAAAUGAAAUAAAAACUAUUGACUAGAUUGUUCAUUCUAGCCACAAAAUCAACUGGAUUAAAGUCUGUGUGGAAGGAAUUUUGUAAAGAAAAAAAAAAAUAUUAAAAAAAAAUUUUCCAAUGUAGCAAAAAAAAAAAAAACAACUUUAAAAAACAAAAUUAAAAAAAAAAAGACAAAGAGGGAGGAUUCUAGCCUUUUGUAAUAUCCAUAUUGCACACUAGGACUAUAAGCCAUUGCUAGCUCAUUUUGAAUUUUAAAUGUGUAAUUUUUUUGUUUUGUUGUUGUUUUUUUUUUCUUUCCGUGGGGGAGGGGGGGGAAUAAAUGCUUGAACCACCAAUGCUCUUUUUAAUGUUUUAUAAAUAUGUAUGUGUAUAUAUAUAAAUAUAAAAAUAAUAUGUAUGCACAUAUAUAUGUGUGUGUGUAUAUAUCUAUAUGUAUAUACAUAUAUAUAGAUAUAUAGAUAUAUAUAUAGGUUUUGAGACAAAAAUGCAGAAAGUGAAAAAAAAACACCCUAAACAGGAUGGUGUGCUCUGAUUUACUUGAAUCUGGUCUCUUCAGCACCUGCGUUAUUAAGAACUGAAUAUUUUUCCACUUGAAUUUAGUGCUAUUAGAAAUUUAAUAUAUGUGUUUUAUUUAUUUGAUUUUUUUUUGCAUGACUGAUGCAAGGUUUGACAUUUUCACUCAAUAAAAACUGGAAAAAAAAACCCAAA